AUGGAGCUCAAUACGGGUCUCUACGCCUCAUCGCACUCGACUGCUAUGUGCUGGGCUGCAUCUGAAGGCAACUUAAAAGCCAUGCGUCAAUUGCGCGAGGACCACGGCACAGAUGUGAAUGCCGUUGACUCAAACAAGCGGACCCCCCUUCAUAUCGCCGUGAGCAACGAGAACCUGGAGAUCACGAGCUAUUUGUUGCAAUGUGGUGCUAACACUGAAGUGCUGGAUCGCUGGGGCCGCUCUCCUAUCGACUGUGCAGUGGAGACAAAGAAUGUGGCCAUAUUAAGGCUUCUGGGACGCGAACAGCAGGGACAAAUUCCGGUCUUUCACACCAAAUUUGGAUCUAUUGAUGACCGAAGCGAGAUCAGACGGAUGCCGUCAAGCUCUGAUGUUGAGCUUUUUUUCCAGGCGAUUCAGGAAGGUCACACGGAUCAGGUAAAACGCUGGUGGCUCAGCGGCAUGGAAGUGAAUGUAGCAGAUGAUCAUGGACGUACGUCGCUGCAUGUUGCAGUCGAGAGCCGACAGCUCGGAGUCAUUGAGUUGCUGCUAUCUGCUGGUGUGAACGCGAACGUGGCCGAUGCCAGCGGACGAUCGCCCAUUACCAUUGCGCGAGAACAACAGCAAUUUGGUAUCGUGGAGAUUCUACGCGCACAUCAAAAAAACAAACUCAUGAGUCACCGACUGAAGAGCAGCAAGGAAGGGCAGAACGUUGCUUUGGCGUUUCGAGCUACCAAGCAGGGAGAGAUGGAAAUUUUGAAGCGACUGGUGCCAGAAAUAGUACCACCGGAUGUAGAAGAUUACGACUUGAGGACAUUGUUGCAUGUAGCAAGUGCUGAAGGACAUUUGCAGAUUGCCCAGUACUUGGUCAAGUGUGGUGCGAAUGUCAAUUUGUUAGACCGAUGGGGAUCUUCGCCGUUGUCGGAAGCAGUUGAUUUUGCCCACAAUGAGCUGGCAAGGUUCCUCACUACGAACUGUGCUACAGCGUGUGGAUUUAGAGCGACGGUGGCUGUCGACCACAUCAACACAGCUACGCUAGAUGAAGCGCUUGAAUUUACACUUCGAGUCAUCACUCGGGACCCGUGGCUAAUUGGACAAGUACGUUGCCCGGUGAUGGACGACGACAACAAGUGCCUUUUGCUUAUGCACAGCAUCUGGCAGAAAAGUAGAUCCCUUACUCAACAACAGCACCAAACGAAGCUGCCCCUCUUGUCGUCCAAGGAGCUUAAGGACCGUCCUGUUGACACGGCUGCAUUGUGGGCUGGUUGUAUUCAAAAGUAUCGGAAGGUGUCUUCUAUGGUGAUGAUUGAUCCCGGUCAAGGACACGUUGGUAACGUUUUUUGUAGCCAACAUCCAGAGUGGCUUAUUUUGCAAGAAGUGCAGCAGUCGCGCUUCUUUCUCCUCCCGCACGCUCGACAAGCAGGGUUUCAAACUGUUGUUUCUGUUCCUAUGGUUUGCAAGAUGUCGACUGUUGCAGUGUUAUCUUGGUACUCUGACCGCACCAUUUCCGAAGACCUCCACGAAUUACAGCGAAUUCAGCGGGUUGUUCGGUCUGUAAUGAUCCUAUCUACGCUUCGGCAGGAGUCGCAUAGCGAUGACUCAGUUACGGUUCGCGUUGGGCGUAUCCCUCAAUUUCAGUUCUGUCAAAUGCUGGAUAAUGCCAUUACCGCGAACGGAGAGCUUACUGACUCGUCGACCUUGCGAGAAGAUCUAGGCGUUUGUGACACCAUGCCGCUUGCACUUGAAUGGGGUCUGUUUGACAUGGUGGACACGCUGGCAACCUCGAUGAGCAGUGAAGAUCACGCAGCGGUUAUCUCAAUCUUACGAUCGCUAGUGGUGUUGCUUUGCAACGGACUGUUUAGUGAUGUAUUGUGUGUGCCUGGAAAUGGCGGAUCACACGAACAAAAUGACGAGGUAACGCUCAAGCAUUUAGUGGAGGAGUGCGACGGCAAGAUUCGAACGAAGCAGGCUUUGCUGGGGCACGUAAAGUACUAUUUGCAGUAUUUAUACGCCGUGAGUCCCACUGAGGCUGAGUUGUUCGGUGAUGUUUGCGAGCUCCUCGACAAGGUAAAGGAGUUUUCGACAAAGACAUCUUCUGUUGAUGAAUUAUUCUACGGCACCUUGAAUCCUAUCGAGGAAGACACUUCGGAGACCGAUGUUGGCCCGAACAGAUCACCCUCUUCCGAGUCUGCACAAAUCGAUGUACCCGAUUGUGUUCUGUGCAAGUUUGGCGUUUCAGGACAUAUUCACCCGGGUCAAGGACAGGACACAGCACUACUUGAUUUAGUGAUGGAAUCUUCAAAUCAGAAGAAACCUAUGGAGUUUCUUCGUGGCAACCCUUUUUUCGGUGACCCGAAAAAUCCCAGAUCUCCCGUGUAUCGGCAAAUCGAACAGCUGCACUUGAAACUUGAGGGCGAAUACGAUGCUUUUAAGCGAAGAUCAGAGCUUGCGGAAUGUUGUGAUGGAACAAAGCCCGCCGUGUUCACAUCCAGUGACUUGUACGACGCAAUUGGCUUUGCACACGAACCUCUAGCAACCUUCAGGAACACAUCAGCUGACAACUCCCGACAAAAGAUGUUGGACGUCAUUACUGAGAUUCUGCACGAUACGACGUGCGUCAUCUCGCGCGAGCAGCUCUUUGCAUUGCACCGGUACCUCCUUCCAGCUUCAACCGGACAGGCUGGCGUUCUUCGAACCGAAGCAGCUGUCGGAUACGCUUCGCCUCGGAUUUACCGAGUGUUUGUCCCAGCGGGCGAAAUUGAAACCGCACUGGACAAUUUUCUUGAUGCGCUUAAUGACGCUAGUCGUUGGGAGCGCCGCCCUUUGCUAUGCGCCUACUACGCGUUUGCAGUGCUCGUGUUCUACAUCCACCCUUUCCAUGACGGCAACGGCCGCUGUGCUCGCUUGUUGGGCAACUUGGUGUGCAAAAAGCUUGGAUUCCCGACGUUGCUACGUGCUGCAGACAAAACCAUUCAAAUGGCAGAAUUUAUGCAGAAAGCUAUUGCUACGAUGGAAAUUCUUCGCAACACUCGCCGUCAAACCCGCCAGACACGUUUGCUUUCUACACGCAGAGAAAACACCUCAAUGUGGUUUUAA